UUAAAAAAUCCGUUUAAAAGGGACGUCAUUUAAUUGCCACUGUGCAAGAGCAAUGAGCGAUUCCUCCGUAACCGAAGCCGCCAAGAGCGGCGGUGCUGGUGGCGGCAGUGGCACUGGAGGGGGGUCCGAGGCUUCUCGGAUUGGAGAGGUGAAGCAGUGGCUAGUGCACGAGUUCGGUCAAGCCGGGAAGGAAGUGCCGCAAUUCGAAUACACCCCUCGAUCCGUGGCUUAUUUACACAACCUUGCCACUCUCUCCCAAGCCAAAACCCAAGCUUCCAAGAUCCUUGCCUCCGAUUUCCGCCUCAAAGCCUCCGAAUACCGCUCUCAAGCGGCGCGAAUUAGGGAGAUUUUGGAGAAUGUAGGGCUUGCACAGGAGAGUUUAGCCUCGAAUGUUGUUGGAUCGGUUCAGGUCUUGGCGAAUGUGGCGAAUUUACUGAACAUCAGAGAUACAGAGCUAAGCAGUUUUCUAGUUGCAAUGGGAGAUAUUUCCUUGAGGAAGGCUAGUGUGGAGGAGAAGAGGGCCAAGGUGCAGAAAGAGUCCAAGGUUUUGUUGGAUUACACGCGAAAAGCUAUUGCAAGAUUAACGUAUUUGAAGAGAACGCUUGCGCAAUUAGAGGAAGAUGUAGCUCCCUGUGAGGUGCAGAUGGAGAAUUGGAAGACGAACUUGGCUGUUAUGGCUGCUAAGGAGAGACAAUACAUGCAACAGAGUGCCAAUUACAAGGUACU